UUUUAAAAGGGAAUCCAAAGCUGAAUGUCGGUCACGCAAGCGUAUUCCGUGUUUAGUUGUGAAACCGAAUGCCCGCCAGUUGCGAAAACUUGUUCAGAAUGUUCGGGCAACUGCCACGGACUGUCAGGACCUAGUGCGAAAAAUGGAGAAAAUACCGUAUUAUAGCUCAUUCCACGGCAUUUCUAAAGGCAGUACUUAACUAACACACAUACAAGUUUGUCAUGGCUCAAUUGAAAGGACAAGGUAUGCGCCUGCGGGGCAGACGUUACUCUGACAACGACAAGGUACUGUUUUUGUCCCUGUUAAAGCAAAGUUCGAAGGGGUAGAAACUUUUGCGACACCUUUUUGCGGCACCAUCUCGGGGAACUUUAAACAGAUUCCUACGGCAAGUACCGUUUACCACCGGAAUCAAUGAAAGCAUCAUGAAUUCCAUUACGAAGAAGGUUCAGUCGGUCGACAUAUUAGAGCGGUACUGCAUCAUCAUUUUUGAUGAAAUGGCUAUUCAACCACUCCUGCAGUUCAAUCACGGUUCCGAUUCUGGUGGAUUGCUUCCAGGAGAACGGUCACAUUGGUGAGAGAAGGAUAGUUAUUGCCUACAAGGGGUAAUGGUUUUCAUGGCGCGUAGCAUUUUCGGCAAGUGUAAUCAACCCAUGGCAUACUAUUUCAACGAAGGGGGUAUGAAAACGGACUCUCUAGUCCGCAGGAUACGCGAGGUUGUUGUGGCUUGCCAGGGGGCUGGACUAAUUGUUAGCGCCCUUGUCCCAGAUCAAGUCACGUCCAACGUUGCUGCCAUCAACCGAUUGUACGCUGAAACCGACGAAUACUUUGCUCGACGAGGUGAAGAAACCAACUUUUUCGGAGUAUUGACAGGGGGAUAUUAUAGCGGCUCAGGUGCUCAGCAGGAAAACGUGGCGGCUGCGAUGACCACGUUAACAGCAAUACAGAACGGUCUACCUAAGGAGGCUGUCAGUACACGGGAAUUUUUGUUCUUUAUGGACAAAUUAUUCGACACCGUCAACGGGGCCUCNAUUGGGCAGAGGAUAUUUGUCAUCUACGGUUUUUGA